AUGGCAUCAAACAAACCCUUCAUCACAGUUUUACUUCUUGUUGUUAUGACCAUGUCAAGCAUGAGUAUAGAUGCUCGACAUCUUUUGCAAACAACCUCAAAACCUAAUUUGCCUACCAUUCCCACAUUACCAAAACCAACAACAACUUUGCCACCUUUGCCUUCAAUUCCAACAUUGCCUCAAGCAAGUCUUCCACCAUUGCCUACUAACAUUCCAUCUCUUCCAAAACUCACUAUGCCACCACUUCCUAGCUUUCCUACAACUAUUCCAUCUCUCAACAUUCCACCAUUGCCAGCACUCACUUCACUUCCCAACAUUCCCACCUCAAUCCCAACCACUUUUCCCUCCAUCCCAUUUCUCUCCCCACCACCUUCUUCAAGCUAG